CUUCAAUUGUUCAAGUUACUCCGCAUUUUCGACUUAUUAAGGUCUAUGUCCGUAUAAAUCUCGAAUUGAGAAGUCCCCUUUUUCGCUUUGAAUCACACCACAACCCCCGGCCAUCUAGACGAGCUCCGAGCGAGGUCCGAUCCGGACCCCAUUUAUUGAUUUCAGGAUGCCGCCAGUAGGAAGAAUUGUCGGUUUGCGCCGAAAUGGACAAAAGCAAGCCUGUGAGCCAUGUAGAAAGGGAAAGAUGGGAGUAGGUCUCAUUUUCUUGAACUCCAAGCUCUCCUUUUGGCUGUUUCUAGAGCAAGAAUAACCCACAAAGUCUCUACUUUCUUACUCCUACUACUCCCGAGAAAGUCUAAAAAAGCAUGCUGAUUCCAAUACCCUGGGAUACAGUGCGAUCAUAAUGCUCCUUUUUGUGGGAGAUGCGUCAGAAGGAGAAUGACAGACAGAUGUCUUUAUCAUCCAGCCCCAAUGACCAAAAUACGACCUCCAACCAACCUGCAAGAUUCGGAAAUUCAACUCCCGUCACCUCAACAAGUAAACCCGCCUUCUCAAACGGAAGCUUCGCUGGGAUUGAUGUCAUUGUCGAGUCCAGUCAUACUUCAAGAAACUCCUAUUGAAGGAAACGUUCAAAACAUUCCACAAGAAGUCAACGGUGAAAUUCAAAAUCAUUUUCGCGGUUAUGUAGCCCCCAAGGUUCCCAAUGAUGGCAGCUGGAAGACCUCGCUUUACCCACGCUCAGCUCGAUAUAAUGGACCUACAAGCUUUUCCGCAGUCUUCUCCGAGCAUAAAAGUGAAAAUAUUGAAGAUAUACUGGAUAUAGAUGAGAAUACUCGAAAACAUCCCGGGGCUUGGCCAUUCGGACAACCCUUGCGUAAGGGACCCUCUUUGUUCAUUCCUUAAAGAUUUUCACUUUCAUCCUCACAAUGAAGCCCAUGCUGCUGUUUUGUUCGUGGUUCUUAAGCUAAUUGAAACAUACAAGUCGGCAGACAGCGACCCUCGGCGCCGGACAUGAGAAGGAAUGAUUUAGUUAAAGUUCUGUCGAACAUUCCUUCGCAAGAUACAUGCCAGAAACUGCUGGAAACAUCCGUUUCUUUGAGCAACCUUGUACUGAGCCCUGUCAUGAUCCGACAUUGCAUUUCCAAAUUGUGGUCAACGUAUGCGAAUUUUCUACUAGUAAUCCCACGGCCAGGGGAUGUAAACCAGAAAUACAACCUAGCCAUCUUCGCUGAUCACCUAUUUGAAAAUGAGGAACGACCGUUAUCACCAACGCCUGAAGAUGGUAUUGAGUGGCUUGAUACAUUUACUGGGACAAACCUCCGCAUAGAAGUGCUUGGACUUUUGUUUUGCUUUUUUGGGAGCGCCUAUCUUGCGCUGCAAGAUUCAGACCCUAUUUUCCAGAUGUCGGAAAACGAUGACAGGAAAAUCGUAGGUAGAAAAGAAACAGCAUGGAGGAUGACUGAAUGUGCUGAUGUUUGCCGGAAACAUUGCCACUUUUCCGAAACGGUUAACGAGAUCGUUGUCGCUCUCGUUUACAGUAUACAUGUUUUGGAAAGUAGCUGCGCUGGUAACGAUAGUACGUAAUCUCUUUCGCCUGAUGAUGAUAUUUGGCUGACAUAGCUAGGUUACCUAACGAGAUGUCGACAUGGAGACAUGGUAACAACUGCCAUCACAGCUGGACUUCAUAGACUCCCAGACUACUCCAACACCAAAAUAACAACCGCUUCCGAAUACAAAAGGAGGCUUUUCUCCAAUGUAUACUACGCGGACAAAUCAGAUUCGUCGUUGAAUGGAAUCCCGCCUGUGCUAAGUCGCCUAUAUUGCGACGUAAAGCCAUGUCUUGACCUUUCGGAUGAACAAUUAUUUCUGCCACAGCAUGAAUUCGCCAACGAGAUCUCGAAACUAGACACCAAUGGAUGGAAUACUGAAGGAGAAAUACAUUCUAUUACCGCGUCUCGAGCAACAUGGCAAUUUUGUGUCAUCCGUGAAGAGAUUUUAGAAUCAGCGCUAGGAGUGAACGUCUUCAUAGCAGAGAGAAAUAUAUCGUAGGUUCUUUCUACUGUUGUUGUUUUUGCUCGAGCUAACAGAUGUGAUAGAGAUCUUCGCAAUCGCUGUCAGCGAGUCCUGGAUAAUAUCCCUGAACAACUUCGUUACUGCGAGACUGGAAAAAUCCCAAAGAAAAGCACUGGUAGCAAUCUAUUCUCCCAAGCAAGUGUCAUGCUUGAUUUUCUCCAAAACCUAUUCCUUAUUGAGCGAGUCGCUUCCGCUCGCGGGCUUUCAAAUGCUCCCAGCCUCAUAUCCACAGCAAUGGAAACUCUGGAGUUGGUAUUGAUGUUCUGGAUGAGAAGAGAUGAACUCCAGCCAUAUAUCUCAUAUUUCGAUUGGAUUGUGGGUUUUCCUAUGCCUCAUCUUUUCCUCACCUCUUCCUCCAGUGCAAUCUUCUUCCAAUACUGACUUCAACAACAAAGAUAACAUUCUACGGCAUCCCAAGCGCAGGAGUACUAUGCGUCGAACUCCUCAAAGGCUCACAAUCCCCCCUUCAAAGCAUCCAGAGUCCUCCGAACCAACACCAAAACGGAGCACCCUCUCGCUCAGAUGCAAUUCAAAAACUGACUCUCUUCAUCGGAUUUCUAGAAUGGAUUCGUCCCACGGAUGGAAAUUAUAAACUCGCAGGACGGUUGAUAAAAGUUGUGAGAAAGGUCUUAGACCAUGUUCUGGAUCCACAGUUCAGUACUGUAUCGGCUAAUCAGGAUCAAAGUAAUGGAAACAUGAAUGGGAAUGUGAACGGUAAUGGGAGUAUGAUUGAUCCUAUUUUGUCGGAUAUUAGUGAAGGAUUUGGGGAUGGGGCGGAGGAUAUGGACUGGUUGGGGAGUAUCGAUUGGACGCAGGGAAGCUGGAUUGCACUCUGAAUCCCAAGGCUUUUGGACGAUUAUGGUUUAAUGGCAUGAUCGAUUGUGUUAAUAACAUGGACAAAAAAAG